AUGGUACUCGUCACACGUGAUGAUAUUGAAGUGUUUCCUCCAAUACUUCAACGAAAUGUUGUCUAUGUUCGUAGUGCUGAACAAUUAAAACCAUUUAUAUUAUCAAAAUUAAUUAAUGCUGAAUAUGCUGCAUAUCGUUGUCGAACAUUUUCAUUAUUACAAGAACGUACACGUUGUUCAUAUUUAAAAACUUUAUGUGAAAAUUUAACUGAAAAAUCUUAUGAUUUAUUAUGUGAUGAACAAAAACGUGCUAGUCAUCGUCGUUUAUCUUUAUUAUCAAAUUCAACUAAAAAACGCUAUUUUUCAAAUAUGAAAAAAAUGUUUACACGAAGUAAUAGUAUACCCGAUGGUCCUCAACAAUCUAGUAAAUCUGAACAACAAUCAAUGAGUGAUAAAGAACGACGAAAAAAUGGAAAGAAAUUAUUACGAUUAGGAAAAUCAGAUACUAAUGAUAAUCAUCAACGUUCAUCGAUAACUAUGUCAUUACCUGAUCAAGAAUUAACACAUGACAAUGAUGUGAUUAAUCGACAUAUAACUGUUCGAAGUGAUGAAAGUUUAGAUAGUAGUGGUGAUAUACCAAUAUCAGAACAACGUUCAACAAUGCAUCAUUAUCCUCCACGUUCAAUACAUACAUAUUUUGGAGAUGAAUCUGAUGAAGGAUUGGAUAGUAUGUCAUCAGCUGAUACAGCUUUUUCUCAUAAUCAUAAUCGUGUGCCAUAUGACAGUGAUGAUCAAGAUGCUUAUCGACAACAACUUCGCGAAAAAUCUCAACCAUCUCAUGUGUCGCAUCCAUGGCAUCGUAUAACCGGACAGCGACAAGCUAAUAUACAAAUCUAUACACCACAAGUAGCUGGUAUUCAUAUAAGUGAAGCAGCAACUGUUUAA